AUGGGCAGCUGUGUGCACAGAACCCAGGACCAAGUGCUCUACUCUGAAGGGGAGUCCCAUCUUCCUGCAGCCCCAACAUCCACUGUAGCACCUACAAAAAUGCCCAAAAGGUCAGACAUUUCGUUGCAUGUGUUUUCCCUCACAGCUCUGGGAAAGGGCUCAGAUCUGGAAAAAGCCAUCGCUACUGCUGCUCUGAUUUUCCGAAAUUCUUCUGACCCUGAUGGUAAACUUGGAAAAGCUACUGCCAAAAAUCUGCUGCAAACCCAAUUUAGGAAUUUCACAGAGGGACAAGAAACCAAGCCAAAAUACAGAGAUAUCCUUUCUGAACUCGAUGAGCACAUGGAAAAUAAGCUCGAUUUUGAGGAUUUCAUGAUCUUGCUCUUAAGCAUCACCAUCUUGUCAGAUCUGCUACAAAAUAUAUGGAGUGUAAAAAUUAUGAAAUAGUUUUUAAUGUGUAGUUAGAUAAAACAUCAGCAAAAUACUUUUCCAUCUAUAAUUGACUGGACACACUGAACAUACAUCUGGGAUUGUCUAGAAUAGUUUUGAUU